AUGUCCGGCUUCCCACCCCCUCCCCCAGGCCCAGGCUUUCCUCCACCCAGAUACGAGGUAGAGAAGGACAGCAUCAACGCAAACAAGCUGAAACAGCAGCCUGGAACCCAAACCAAGGCGCCCAACGGCACAGCACUACCGCCCCCACCACCACAGCCUCGUUACACGUACGAGUACGACAUGAUAGAGCCACCCCCUCCACCAACCCCGCCCCCUUUCUUCCCUCAAGCCCCGCCCCUUGCUCAAGAAGCUCCACCCCUCUCCCCACAACCCAAUUACAUCGCUCCUCCUCUCGCCCUCCCUCCCCUACCUGCUCCAAAUCUUGCUCCUCCUCUUCUAAACUUCCCCUCAAACCCCGCCCCUCCCCGCCCUUACUUCCCAACAUAUCCUCAAAACUACAACACGUUCUCCAACCAAAUAGCUCCGAAACAGUACUACCCCCUCCCACCAUCUCGCCAGCCACUUUUCCCCGCACCUCGUCGACAAACACCCCUCCUCUCCUCCUCAUCCUCCUCCUACUUCCCACAAAUCCCGUCAAGAUGGCCGUCCUACGUACCCCAGAGAAACUUCCUAAACUCCUACCCGAGAAGAGCUCCAGUCUUCCGUCUUCAGAGAGACAAAGGACUAAGCUUGCUUCUGCGCAUGACGCCUUUCACCACGCCACAAAAGAGACGUCAGCAAAUGCUGAACGUUCUAUUGAUCCUCUCGGCGGAAGAGCUCCUCUGCAAGACGCUGUAUGAUGCACAGAAGUUGGAGCAUGCGACCUACUACCCAUCUCAGUGUGGCAAGCGGCCUAACUGCCCGGUACAUUUGAGCAACUUCAUGCAGAUAGGGCAGGUGUGCGUGUGUUGCCCUGUGGAAGUGGCCCCUCGUGCAAUCAGCAGCAUCAUCUACACAAAGGGCAUUAACUCGUACAAGGAGAAACUCAGUAACUUCGGACCCGGCACAGACUGA